UCCAGUUGCAUAUGCAAUAUCUUUUUGCAAACAGUCUUUGGAGGGUUGUGUUUAUUUUUCAUACUUAUCACACUUUUUUAUCUGGGACUGUCAUUAAUUGGAACAUUUGAAUGGGCACUGUCUGGCAGUGGUAUAUAGGAAGAUUAUAAACGCACCCACGACACAGGAGAAAAUCCUAGUGUGGGGCAAAUGUUUUCUAAACAAAAAAGAAAGAGAAAGAAAAAAGAUGUUGCAUAUUUUUCUUUGACAUUCAUAAAAUAUCCAGGUUUCUCUCUACAAACAUUUCGAAGCCCGAUUGGAUCGUGGAGAAAGUGUAUUCUUGUGGGAGAAUAUUCCAGGAGCAUUCAAAAUAUGCGACAAGUCAACUAUCCAAAUAAUCAGCUUUGUAGUGGCAUGUCUUCUCGUUUUACUUGCCGGUGUGUGUAUAUGGUACUUCUGGCCAAAUCCUGUGGAUUGAACGCAAUAUAUAAACCACGAAGCUGGAUAGAUACAAGAUCUGAUGUUCCUCUUAACGUAUUGACAAAAACAUAUGGCAUAUUAUCCAUUAUUGAAGGCGACUAUUCUAUUUUCUGUAUCGCCAUCUUUAAUUCACAAUAUUUUGUCGAACUUUUCAAUAAGUUGGAUGAACUUGAUACUGUUUUUCAUGUUUCAAAAGCAGUAUUUACAAGAAGACGGAUUUUGUCAACGUUUUUGGUCAUUCUACCAGUAGCACAGUUGCUCAGCACAUUUUGGUUGAGAAAGUUUAACAUACAAAAUAUUGGUGCGCAUAUAAAUUUCUUUUUUCUAAUGUUACAAGGAUCAAUUUUUUACUUUGUCAUUGUAAAUAUUUAUGUUAAACUCCUCAUGCUAAAUGCACUUCUAAUGAAAAUACUGCGAACAACGAUGUCGAAACAAAGGGAGAUAAUAUUUAAAGAUACCGUUUGUGACUGGAUCAUCAAGAGUGUUUGCGUGGAACCGAAAAUAGUAAGAGGAGAUCAACAUUCCUGGUUUGAAUUGAUGCAAAUUUAUGACAAACUAGCUGAUUGCGUACAUCUUUUCAAUGAAAUAUAUUGCGGUCAGAUGAUCAACUGUUCAGUCAAAUAAAAACUAUUAUAAUGUUGGUUACAACUCGCAAACUGGAAAUAUCGGCAAAUGUCUUCACUAUCAACGUACCAACUGUUAUGAACUUUGCUGGUCGAAUCAUAUCGUAUACGGUUCUCAUGAUCCAAUAUUUCUACAGCCAUGAAAUCAAAAAUAAAAAUCAUUUGUAAUAAUUUUAUUAAACGAAAAUCAUUGGAAAAUAUAUCGGGGUUCUUGUA